AGAUUCAAGUACAUUGGACAUCAGAAAUUUGUGGCUUCACGCUCAGCAUUUCCGAAUUUUGCCAUUUUUGUUGAUGGUCAAAUCAAAUCGUAAUCCUUUUUACCAGUAAACUUAAUAUAAUAUUAAGUGUAGUCAUGCAAGCAUUUGGAUUAGUAAGGCUUUUCAAUUCGAAAGCGUUUUCUGUUACGACUCGAUCUACGACGCUCCUGCCUUAUCAACCGAAUUGUGGCAUUAAAACAUCUACCCAAUUGUUUUUCCCGGCAUCAAAUGAGUCAACACUUCCGGAAAAACCGAAACGCCCAUGUAACCCAUUCAUAAAAUAUGUUCAAAGUGUUCGCGCAUCUCUAGCAGCAAAGCAUCCAAAGGCACCUCCGUACGAAAUAACAAAGCUUGCAGCAGUUCAAUGGAAUGACCUGGACGCGGCUGCCAGGAUGAAGUUAUCAGAAGACUUUAAAAAAGAGCAAUCUGUUUGGUUGCAACAGAAUGCAAAAUAUCUUAAUCAACUAACGGAUCAACAAAAAGAGGACAUUCGCCAAGCUCGGGAGAAAAAAUCAGAGGACAAGGUCAAACGGGAACAUCGCAAACGACUAAAGGAACUUGGAAAGCCAAAACGUCCACUGAACGGAUUUCUGCGAUUUUGCUUGGAACAUAAACCAAAUAAACUGAACAAAGAAGAGAACCUUGCUCAUCUUAAGCGUAUGGCGGAAGUCUGGGGCAAAAUGAGUGAAGAAGAAAAAGGACCUUACAAUCGUCAAGCAGCGGAUGAAAUGGUCAAGUAUCGUGACGUCGUCCAUGAGUGGGAAGAGAAAAUGCUUACACAGAAUAAUUUGGACGUCGUCCGUCGUAAAAAUAUUAUCAUUUCGGAGAAGAAAGGAACCAAAAAAUUGCCUCGCCAAUAGGAAUUCGGGUGUCCCUAUCCAGAAGCAGUUGAAAGCACACCAUCGUCACCAUUACUAACAGAACAUGCAGAACCACCAUCUGGCGCCAGUUCAGGUCACGUACUGAGUGCUGAUAAACUGGAAAGGGAUACGGGCGUACAUAGUCAAACCAAAAAAUUUACCAUUCAGGAAGAACAACCGGCUGAGGGAAGAAAUCAAAAACAAACGAAAAGCGGUAUCGUUAAAAAGUUGAAAUCAAUCUUCAAAUUUUGACACCGUUUACAACUGGUGGAUUGUGUGUUGCUUUCACUAGUACUAUGGUUAUAUUUCUGAUACGAGAAACAUGUCUGUUUUAAAUUUGCGCCACAAAGUAUGGACUACUGUUCCUGGCAGUAUACUAUAUAAAUAAUGUUUUCUUCUAUCCGAUUGUUUGAAACAAAUGUCUAGAUAAGU